GCAGCAGAGUGCCGGGUCAAGCUUGGGAGAGGAGUGAAGGGAGGAGAGAGAAAAUUUCUAUUUUUAAUUCUUCUUCUAUUUUUUUGGAGGAAAAAUUAUAAAUAGAAAAGUGGGGAGGAAUUCGAUCGCUCUCCUCAGUUACUUUGUUUCUUCAACUGCAAUCGCUCUUCUCAUAGCUGGGGAUUCUGUUUGGUAAUAAUAGCUGCCGGCAUCAGAAGCAAUUGAAGCACAAUGGAGGUAUAUGGAAGUUCCAUGGUUGUCGAGAACAGCAAUGUGAUUUUUUUGUCCACUAUACUGAACAAGGAAGGGCCAAUCCAUUAUCACAAAUGUGACAUUAGAUGCCAAAAUGAACACAUUUUUGGGAAUAUGUACCAAUGCAAACUCACAGGCAUUACACAUAUAUGUGAUAAAAAUUGUAACCAGAGAAUUUUAUAUGACAAUCAUAGCUCUCUUUGCAGAGUGAGUGGCCAGAUUUUCCCUCUCUCGCCAGAUGAAGAGCAGGCGGUGAGAGGACUUCGAAGGAAGCUCGAAGUAGAGAGUUCAGGUUCUGAUGGCUGCGCUCCUAAGCGCAGGCGGGGUGCUCAACUGCAUCCUUCUCCUUUUGAGAGGUCUUUUUCUGCUGUUUCUCCAAUCUGCAGCCCAAUUGGAGAUGGCAUGGACAUGAACUAGUGUUCAAGUUCCCCUCAUUUCUAGUUCCUUCAUUUUCACCCCUAUUUGCUCUCUUCCAUGGUAAAUGGAAUGAACAAGUACUAUAUUAAGACUUGAAGUGAGCCUAGCAUGCUCCAGAGAUGUAGGUUGUUUGGGACAAUAUUCAUGUAAUAUCUUACUUCUUAGGGACUUACGGAACAUUGGUAAACUUGUCUUUCGAUCUUAUUUGGGAUCGUCACCAAGUUCUCUGUCAAUUUAGUUGUGUUGAUUUAAUAAUUGCUUCUUUCCUAGAUUAUUAGUUGAUGUUGGGAGAAAUUUAGUCUUUAGCUUAUAGUUCAAGUCUUGACUAUUAUUGUUGGAUGUGCUGACAUCUUAAUUCUUAUAUUGAAUUGUUGAUGUCGUUUUAAUUUGCUUACCUAUAUUGUUAUGAUACUUGUUUUAAAUCGUUAGUGUUUGUAAUUUUAACUAGAUUAGCAAAUGUUUAUGCUGUGUUUCCUUAAUCUUUGACCUUUUCCAUUCUGUUCUGUUGACGGGUCUAUUUAUCUGAAGCAAGAAAUGCUGAUUUUGCAGGGUUCAUUGUUUUAGAUAGUUAUGCUUUGUACUACUAAAAUUGUCAAAAUUUCAGGUUAUUCUAUAAUAAUUCAGGCUAAUGGAGGCAUAUUUUCUUUCAGUUUUUCCCUUCAUGUUGUUUAUACCGAAAACUGAUCCUUAACUCUUUAAGUUAUUUUGCAGGAAAUUCCUAGGUUUCGCAGAUUGGAGAAAUUGUGUACUGCUUUAUUAAUCGCUUUUCUAUUACCAUAUCUAGGAGUUCAAUAAUUUUAAUUUGCUUUUGUAGGUCUGAAGUCAUCUCCAAUUGAGUCCCAGUUUAAGAAGUUGUAUGAAUGCAGCACGACCGUGGAAUGAAGAUUUGAUGUAUUUCAGUGACGAUCCUUCAAGUACUUGACAAAAAGUUCGGUAUGGGACAUCAUUUUGUUUCUACUGACUUAGCUUUCAUUUACGUUGUGGUGUUUCAAGUCUGAGGAUAGCCUUCUGCCAUAUGAAAUUUUUGGAGUUCUAUGUACUAGCAAUUCCUACUGAUAAAUUCGGCAACUUCUGUAUCCAAGCCAUUCCUCACGUGCUUCGUUGAGUCUGUGUUUAUGUGCUGCCAAUUUGGUAAACAUCUUCCCCAAAAAUGUAUUUUGGUUUCAAAUUGUUACAUGUAUUUCUUUCUUUUUUUUUCUUUUUUUCUUUUUUUGUUUGAGUACCUUAAUUGGAAUUUCUAUAGAAUGGCACCUGAUGCACGAGCAUAAUCAUGAAUUCUGAUCACGUUUUCACACAUCAUAGGAUUCAUGUAUCCUUCAUACAUUGAACAAUAUUUAUGCUAUGUCAAUCUUGGACACUUAAAAGUAAACUUCUGAUAUCAAAGUGCAUUGUGAUA